AUGAUAUAUAAUAAAGAAAAAAACACCAUUAUAGACGUUAUUGCCAAAAUAGAACAAAUUAAAGAAACCGAAAAUAUAACAUCUGUACACGGUGAUAACUAUGAGAAAAAAGAAAUAAUUCUCAUAGAUGAAAACAACAGAAAAAUAACUUUAAAUUUAUGGAAUGAAAAAUCAAUGAAUUCAAAAGAAAAAAAGAGGAUAUUAUUGCAAUUAAAAAUGCCAAAAUUGGAGAGCUUUCCCGAAGCGACAAAAAUAAGAGAAGAGUGUCAAGAACAAAAUCAAGACACUGAAUUAGAUGAAACAAUAUAUACAAAAAUUGAUAAGAUUUUAAAUCUGGAAAAUCAAACAAUCAUAAAUGUCAUUGCAGUUAUCGAAAAUAUCGGAGACACUGAUACAGUAUUUGCAAAAGAUGGAAGGGAAUUUAAGAAAAAAGAGAUACAACUAAUUGAUUACAGUGAUGAGGCAAGUGUAUAUCAGUGUAAAAUCACUAUAAAUAUUAAUAAUCCUCAUGUUCUAGAUUACACUGACGUUAUGGAAUAA